AUGGCAACAACAAAGAUGAUAAAACAGCUGUUGCCUGACAUUGCACAUGCGAAGGAACAGCAGCAGCAGCAGCAGCAGGUACUGGAGCAUGACCAUAUAGAGGCUGAGGUCAAGCCGGACCGUCUCUCAUGGCCGGCAUCGAGGCCUAGGACACCUAAGGACGUUGUUCAAGCCCGGCUGAAGCAGGAUGCCGGUUUGCCCGAUAACGGACUUACAAUUGACGACUUUGACCUCAUCAAGACCCUUGGGACAGGCACCUUUGCUCGGGUAUGGUUUGCCAGGUUAAAGGCUGCCAAAGAACCCAACAAGAACAUCUUUGCUCUGAAGAUACUCAGGAAAGCCGAAGUAAUAAAGCUGAAACAAGUCGAACAUGUACGAAACGAAAGCAAGUGCCUCUCCAAGGCUGCCGGUCAUCCUUUUAUAACGACACUAAUCACCACCUUUUCGGACGAACAAUGCCUCUAUAUGCUGCUUGAAUACUGCCCCGGCGGCGAAAUAUUCAGCUUCCUCCGGCGAGCUCGCAGAUUCGACGAAUACACUUCUAAAUUCUACGCCGCUGAAAUAACAUUAGUGAUCGGGUACCUGCAUGACAUGCAUGGAAUAGCCUACCGCGACCUCAAGCCCGAAAACAUCCUCCUCGACCAGGAAGGCCAUCUCAAACUAGUCGACUUUGGCUUCGCAAAGCAACUAUAUAACCUCGAGACCUACACCCUCUGCGGCACACCGGAAUACCUCGCUCCUGAAGUCAUACAUAACAGCGGCCAUGGCCUUGCAGUUGAUUGGUGGGCCCUGGGAAUCCUCAUCUACGAGUUUAUAGUCGGUCAACCGCCCUUCUGGGACUCAAACCCAAUGGGGAUAUACGAAAAGAUAGUCGCAGGAUGCAUCCGUUUUCCCGCGAACAUGCCUGCCUCAGCUAAGGAUAUAAUUAGUGCUCUUUGCAAGGUCAAUCCGUCCGAACGACUGGGCCAUAUAUCCGGAGGCAGCCAGCGGAUUAGGGACCAUCCAUUCUUUGAAGGCAUCGAUUGGGAUGACUUAUACCACAAGCGGGUUAAGGGACCGAUUGUGCCGCAGGUGAGCCAUCCUGCAGAUACGGCGAAUUUCGAAGAGUAUCCGGACCCUCCGGACCCAGCCACACAGGCGGUGUACACCGAUGAGAUGAAGGCACGGUAUGAAGAGAUAUUCCAGGACUUUUAA